UGUGAAAGUGAUUUGAAUUUGGCUCGGCGGCGCUCUGCGCCUGCGCCCAGCCUCUGGCAUGCUGGCUCCUUCCAAGCAGCUGUUUUGGGUUUGAAAUUCCAACAUGGCAGAGGCUGCAGUCCGUCUUCCCUUCAAAAACUUGGAAUGAUUUCAAAUCAUAGGCACCUUCACUUAACCCUAGCUUCCAUUCAUCAGCAAACACAUCGGAUCGAUGCUACGCUAACCUAUCGGGUUUUCGCUCCGCGCGUUCAGGUUAAAUGAAUACCUGACGAAAGGGCCCACGUUUCAAGGCAGUGACAUUUGAUAGCUGAGAGGAAAAGUGGCUUUAAUGAAAAGCAACCUUUGGAAUUCCUGCUUGUGAGAAAUCCAAUUCAGCUUUUUGUGCUGCCAGCAAGAAAUGAUCAGUAGCACCAGUGUUUAUGGCUUGAAGAUGCAGUGGACGCCGGAGCAUGCCCAGUGGCCAGAACAGCACUUUGACAUCACCUCCACCACUCGGUCUCCUGCCCACAAAGUUGAAGCUUACAGAGGUCAUCUGCAGCGCACCUACCAGUAUGCCUGGGCAAAUGAUGACAUAUCUGCUCUGACUGCAUCCAACCUACUAAAAAAAUAUGCAGAGAAGUAUUCUGGCAUUUUGGAAGGCCCCGUGGACCGACCUGUACUCAGCAACUACUCCGAUGCACCAUCAGGACUAGUGAACGGUCGGAAAAAUGAAAGCGAACCGUGGCAGUCUUCCUUGAAUUCAGACGCUGUUUAUCCCAUGAACUGUGUUCCGGAUGUUAUCACUGCCAGCAAAGCUGGAGUCAGUUCAGCCCUCCCUCCAGCAGAUGUCUCUGCAAGUAUAGGGAGCUCUCCUGGGGUGGCCAGCAACCUGACAGAGCCUAGUUAUUCAAGUAGUACCUGUGGAAGCCACACUGUACCUAGUCUUCAUACAGGGCUCCCAUCUCAGGAAUAUGCCCCAGGAUACAACGGCUCAUAUUUGCAUUCUACUUACAGCAGCCAGCCAGCACCUGCACUUCCUUCACCUCAUCCUUCUCCCUUGCAUAGCUCUGGGCUCCUACAGCCACCACCUCCUCCGCCGCCGCCACCAGCCCUGGUCCCAGGCUACAAUGGGACUUCUAACCUCUCCACUUAUAGCUAUCCCUCUGCUAGCUAUCCUCCUCAUACUGCUGUGGGAUCUGGGUACAGCCCUGGGGGUGCACCCCCUCCUCCUUCAGCAUACCUGCCUUCAGGAAUUCCUGCUCCCACCCCCCUGCCCCCCACCACUGUCCCUGGCUACACCUACCAGGGUCAUGGUUUGACACCUAUCGCACCCGCGGCUCUGACAAACAGUUCGGCAAGUUCUCUCAAAAGGAAAGCUUUCUAUAUGGCAGGGCAAGGAGACAUGGACUCCAGUUAUGGAAAUUACAGCUAUGGCCAACAGAGAUCUACACAGAGUCCUAUGUACAGAAUGCCCGACAACAGCAUUUCAAACUCAAAUCGGGGGAAUGGCUUUGACAGAAGUGCUGAAACAUCAUCCUUAGCAUUUAAGCCAACGAAGCAGCUAAUGUCCUCUGAACAGCAAAGGAAAUUCAGCAGCCAGUCCAGUAGGGCUCUGACCCCUCCUUCCUACAGUACUGCUAAAAAUUCAUUGGGAUCAAGAUCCAGUGAAUCCUUCGGGAAGUACACUUCACCAGUAAUGAGUGAGCAUGGGGAUGAGCACAGGCAGCUCCUUUCUCAUCCAAUGCAAGGCCCUGGACUCCGUGCAGCUACCUCAUCCAACCACUCUGUGGACGAGCAACUGAAGAAUACUGACACGCACCUCAUUGACCUGGUAACCAACGAGAUUAUCACCCAAGGACCGCCAGUGGACUGGAAUGACAUUGCUGGUCUCGACCUGGUAAAGGCUGUCAUUAAAGAGGAGGUUUUAUGGCCAGUGUUGAGGUCAGAUGCAUUCAGUGGACUGACGGCCUUACCUCGGAGCAUCCUUUUAUUUGGACCUCGGGGAACAGGCAAAACGUUAUUGGGCAGAUGCAUAGCUAGUCAGCUGGGGGCCACAUUUUUCAAAAUUGCUGGUUCUGGACUUAUCGCCAAGUGGUUAGGAGAAGCAGAGAAAAUUAUCCAUGCCUCUUUCCUUGUGGCCAGGUGUCGCCAGCCCUCGGUGAUUUUUGUCAGUGACAUUGACAUGCUUCUCUCCUCUCAAGUGAGUGAGGAACACAGUCCAGUCAGUCGGAUGAGAACCGAAUUUCUGAUGCAGCUGGACACUGUACUAACUUCGGCUGAGGACCAAAUCGUAGUAAUUUGUGCCACCAGUAAACCAGAAGAAAUAGAUGAAUCUCUUCGGAGGUACUUCAUGAAACGACUUUUAAUCCCACUUCCUGACAGCACAGCGAGGCACCAGAUAAUAGUACAACUGCUCUCACAGCACAAUUACUGUCUCAAUGACAAGGAGUUUGCACUGCUCGUCCAGCGCACAGAAGGCUUUUCUGGACUAGACGUGGCUCAUUUGUGUCAGGAAGCAGCGGUGGGCCCUCUCCAUGCCAUGCCAGCCACAGACCUUUCAGCCAUUAUGCCCAGCCAGUUGAGACCCGUUACAUAUCAAGACUUUGAAAAUGCUUUCUGCAAGAUUCAGCCUAGCAUAUCUCAAAAAGAUCUUGAUAUGUAUGUUGAAUGGAACAAAAUGUUUGGUUGCAGUCAGUGAUAACUUCUUUAAAAAAAAUGUAAUGAAUAUUGGCACACACACAUAAAACCUGCUACAUAGGGUAUAGAGCCCCUUUCCAGUAGUGUUUAAAUUGCAAAGGGUACUGGGGAAGAAGACGAUUAAGUUGCAUCUUUAGAGUCAGGGUAGAUUUGGAGGAAAAAUGCAUCCAAUGAGAGCUUCUGAUUUGAAAGCCCCAGAUGACAUAAAGCAUCUGCUGAUGCUCAGUUCGGUUCAAGCCAGACAACACUCACCAAGGAGCAAGGUGCAAGUGUGUUGAUUUCAGAAGGACAUGAACCUCGUGUGUUGAUUCCAUUCUGCUGUUCUCGAGAUUUAGUUGCUGUCAAGUGCCUGGAGUGGUGCUUUAUUUUUUGUUUGCCUCACAAUUACAUUGGUGGCAUGUGCUAAUAUAAAGAGCUUUAACUUCAAACAUUAUUGGACUAAAGAGAUGAAUGGUUGUGUUUCGACAGAAAACCAGAUUUUUGCCAUUUUAAGAGCAACAGUAUUCCUCAAUCCUGUCUGUUCUGCAGUAUUAAGCUAAGAACAGGUAAAACAGGGUAACGGUAAUCUGGACCUUAAUUUCUUCAGUUCAUUUCUUUUAAUGUUCUUGUCUGCAAAAACUCAGGAAAGUGAUUGUGAUUUGUACAGUACCUCAAAGGAAUGUGUUGAAAGCACUAUGUACUGCUGAGAGUAAUGGGAUAGGCUUCAAUGUUACUUUAUAUUAAAAUGUAUGUUUACCUCAACAAUUGGAAAAUAGCAAGGAAAAUUACUUUGAAUGUAUCCAGAAAAAUACUGAGUGUGAUACAACUGAAUAUCUACAACUUAAAGUAAACAUGGAAGGAUUUUUUUUAAAGGUUCUUUCACUAAUUAUGGGGAAUUGACCAGAGCAGAAUAAUUCUUUAUAUCAAUACCUGCAAGAGUUCUUCAUACAUUGCUCCUUGAUAAUGAAGUGAAAAUGUUCUUAGAAGGUACACUGGUUAAUGGAAAGCUACUUAUUCAGUCUGUGUUAGUGUCUAGAACAGUCAGCCACAAGACCUGUUUAGGACCCUGAAAGUCAUAGUACCUAAAAACUAGGACUGCCUUUUCCUGCAGAGCUGGUAAUGGUGGUGGUGAUUUGCAAGUUGUCUCUGAAACUGCUGGGAAUGGUGUCAUCCUAUUCACUAAUCUAGCUUAUAGGCUUGCCGUGCUGUUUGACAGAAUGCAGAAGAUAGCAACCAAAACAAACAAGCAAACAAAUAAAUACAGAAAACAACCAACCUAUAUAUCUGCAAAGAAUAUAUCUACGUCCCCUCUCCUUCUUGACUCCUCUCUUGUCAGUGCAAUUUUGCUUCUCAUUUUGAAACCUUCUGGGCUGUAGUGCUCCCACAUUCAUUUCUACCUCAGUUUUGUUACAUUUCUCUUGGAAAGUCAAAUAGAAAAUUGGAAGUACACACACACACACACACACACACAAAUAUAGCUUGCCAAACAUGUUACUUUGUUUUCUUCUAUCUUUUCCCAUAAAUCUAGUUUCCAAAAAACAUCAGUCUUCAUGCUCACUUCCACCUAAGUCCACCCUCACCCCAACAGCAUAUGUGGCAUUUUUCUCAAUUUCCCAUUCCUCAUCUGCUCCCCACCAAGUUGUUCUUUGUAUCCUUUAAUGCUUUAUGUGCAACUUUUCAUUGCUAGCUGACUGAUGUUUGGCAAUGCCUCUGAACAGACACAGUGUAGGCUGUAGCCUUCCAAAGCCACUGCCCGUGCAUAAACUGAACAGCCUGGCUUUUUGAAUGUAUUUUUUCUGUUUUUUUUUUUUUUCUUCCUUUUUUUAGUUGAGAGAUGCAGUAACAAAACUGUUGCAAAGCACUGGCAUUUUAUGUAUUCAAAAAGUGAUGUACAUUUUUAAAAAUUUUAAAUAAAUGCAAUGA